CCACACGUGAAUGGGCACUGGCUGCUAAUCGACACCAAAUUUUUGUUGUUUCUGCUGAAACUGAAAAGUGAAAAGGUUGUGCUCUGUAUAGCCUCAUGGUUGAUUUCCAAAAUAUCGCUCCGAAUACCAAAAAAAGACCAAAAGACGUUAUUUUUUCAUUAAAAGUGCAGAGUUUUGAAGAAAUCUGGAAAGGCUAGCACAAUGGAGGACUUCCAUCAUCGGAUCCCGAACGAGAUGUGGUUAGAGAUCUUUAGCCACUUCGACAUGGCCAGUCUGAUAAAUCUUUCAUUGGUGUGCAAACAGUGGAACAGUCUGAUAUUCACCCACUUUGCCAAUAGGAUUCAAAUCAACUUCAAUUUAGAUUUGCGCCCAUUUCCGAUGGCACCGGGGCUUCUAGAACUGGGACGUCCUUAUAAACACCUUUCGGUGAAAUCGUUCAAACUGGAUAGUCCGGAUGCCUUGCUGAAGGGAAUAGAACUAUUGGGAAAAAGUCUGCAGUCACUGAAGCUGGAACUGAUCGUGCUAGAGGGACCAAAGUUUACGACCAUGCUUUCACACUGCUUAGAACUCCAAGAGCUUACUGUAAAUGCCAGUUAUUUUGAGUGUGAUCGCGCGACUCCCUACGUGGAAGCGCUCCCCAAAUUGCGUCGUCUUAACUACAAAGUCCUUAACUACGUGAACACACUGGAUAUCUCCUGUUUCGAUUGGCUUUUCUUCCGCACCUUGUCUUCUGUUACAGAAAUGGACAUACAGGUUGCGAAACCGUUGGACAUUUCCCUACUGACCGUCAUGGCCCGAAAAAUUCGUCAAUUGAAGGUCACGCUCAGCAGUACAGCAAUGAAUCAGUUCCUGUCAUUGAAAUUCCCACAAAUGGAGACUUUAGAUCUGUAUCUUCUACAUUCGGAGCAGCGCUGGCGCAAACGCAGAACCUUCGGGACCGAAUCGUUCAAAAGCUUUCUUUGUAGUAUGCCGAAACUGCGGACAUCUCUGUUUUCGCUGCUCUGCCAGUACGAUCAGUCGCUGAUGAAUGCAAUAUUCUCCAGUUUGCCGUCAGUCGAACAUCUUAUACUGGCCGGAGGAGUUGGUACGGAACGGGUCUCGUUGAGCGGUUUGGAACAUAUGAAGGCGUUGAAGCAUCUUUCCCUGCACUGUCUCCAGUUGGCCCCGGAAGAAAGACGGAUUGUUCCGAUGCCAUCAGUGCAACAGUUUUCUUUGUGCACCUACAUACGGCCUGCCAACUUUUCAGAAAUUGUUAAAAGAUUUCCACGUUUGAAAACGCUUGCGUUCCGUUUACACGCUGGUGAGCUGUUAUCGGUCGUUGAAGGGGCAACCGUAUUGGAAGAACUGAUAAUUGACACUCACCGCGUAACCCCGGAAGUGAUGAGCCACCUGAGUCAGAUGAUUCAGCUCAAGCGACUCUGUUUGGAUGCUCCAACAUUUGCUAGGACAAAUUUUCGGCAGCUUUCGAAAAUCCUCACGCUUCCUCAGAUGAAGCGUGUGGAUAUUUCUACCAGAUCCGUGAUCCCACCGAACAUAGCUGGCACUGUAGCCGCUUCGAAUCCCAAGUGUGUAUUGAUAUUAAAUGGGUCAGUGAUAGCACCGGCUGUUCGCGUUCGGCGCACCGGUGUCAAACGAAAACAGAGUGCUCCUGUUGUAGCCACCCCAGAAAUUGCUUCAAAUCAGUCGGCUGCAGCAGAAUCAAGCAAUAAGGAUACGACCGCAGAUUCUAGUGCGGCUAUCGAUAGCACUAUAGAGCAUUCUGCCACUGAAAACUCCUCACUUCAAUUAGAUGAAUCGACCUGUUCCGCUUGUGGUGGGGUUAAUGAACCCGCUACAACUACUACUACUAACAACCAAUCUGUUGAGUCAGGGAUCGGAGAAAUUUCCCUGGAAGACCUGUUGGAAGCUUCCAGUAGCAGAGGGUUUUUCGAUGCAGCACCGCCAAGAUGUACAUCAUCGCCCAGGAAAAGGAAGAAAAGCGAUGGCUGUGCCUCGAUGUGAGAUGAGUUUCCUAAGAUAUUUUGAGACAUCGUUAGCUUAGUAAGUUUGUGUUUUUUUUUUUAUUUAUUUUGUACUUGUGUAUUGUGAUUCGCGAUCAAGAAGAAUGUAAUACUUAUGCUCAUUAGGCUGUAAUUUUCAAGUAAGCUAGGCAAAUGCCUCCACUGAUUAAAACU